AUGAGGGUUGGCAUCUCGGUGCUAGGAGGAGCGCUAGCUGUGCUCGUGUCGAUGGCAGUCCUGGCGACUGCAGACUCGACUGACCUUCCGAAAAAGACAAAGUAUGUACGCCCGCCUUUUCGACCGCUGCCGGGCGUUGAGGAAGACGCCGUACUCCCAGACGCCCAGUAUCCGUCGUUCGACCCGCGAUACAACAGGCCCCGAGAUGCGAUUGGGCAAGGACUUGAACUCCCGAACUACGAUCGAAAGCCUUGGUGGCAGCGAUGGAAGCUGCCGUGGACUACUGGCGCUCAAGUUGGGCCGGAUGACGGUAUGAAAACAGUUCAACCUAGCGGGGUAGCUGUGUCUGCGUCUACCGAGGCGGGUGCGAAAUCUCCCGGCGCGAUCGUCAAGAACUCUGCCAACCAAAAGUCGUGGUUGCCCCAGUGGAAUCUCCGCUGGCGGACCGCUACCGCGCCAACAUCCAUUUCGUCCAUCGACCAGCUGCGCUCAGCGCUCCGAUCAGGUGUAUCGCGUCCAGCUCCGACCGGAGACACCCCUCACGUCCCCAUCCUCCAGGUAGGCCGAUCCCACACAGGCGUCAAACUGCCAGGAAACGGCUGGGACGCUCGCAUCGUAAACGCUAUGAGCCAGCGAGACGGCGCAUUCUUAGUCAGCGGAGCCAACGGAAAGAUGUGGCUCGUCGACCGAAACCGCAAGCCCAUCGAGGUCGUCGAACCUUCGGAUCUUGCUAUGUUUUCGAAGGCUAUGGAAGGAUCGGGGAAAGAUGCGGGUCAGCUUCAGAAGCUGGACUUGGCAGCUUCGCAAGGUGUCGCAAAGACUGCGAGCAGGGGUUCUUUCUGGUCCGGCAUCGCGGAGAGUGCCAGGGGCGCAGUGGGCGCGUUGGGUGGAGCGCGAUCGAGUCUCGUCCAGUAUUUUCAUGGUGGGUGA